UCCAGUUUUCUGAGAGCUAUGGCAGACAGGGAAGACUACGAUAUCUUGGACGGCCUAGACGCUUCCGACAGUGACCAGGACAUGUCAUCGGUGUCUGGCAACGUGAGCGACGCCGACGAGGAAGAAUCCGGGGGCGCCGGCAGCUACGGCCUUCGGCCCAGGUCGCAGCAGGCUCGGAGGAAGAUCCGACAGAUUGCCGGUGACAGGCCCGAGGGCGAUCCCGACAACGGUAAAGUCGACCACCCCAACAACAAACCACGGAUCGUCCGCUCCAAGGCAAAACGUGUCGCGGCAAACGUACGGGAAAGACGCCGCAUUAGCGAGUACAACAAGGCUUUCAACCAGCUGCGUGUAAGUCUGAACCACCCUCUGAGCGGCAAGCGUCUGUCCAAGAUAGCGACGCUGAGGAGAGCGAUCAACCGCAUCAAGGCCCUUCGGGACUCCCUGGACUCUGCCCCGCCGGCGGUGGAGGAAGACAGCGAUGGUCCCGUGUCGGAGUCCGACGCUUCCAGCCCGGCGGCAUCGUCCCUAGCAGGCGAUGACAACAUGUACAUCUACAGCAAUAACACGACAGAAUUCACCAUGCAACAGCCGCCAUUCGGUACCUCAAUACUGAAUCCACAAACAAUGUCGUCUGCAUCGUACAACACGAACGUGCACCACCAACACUACAACAGAACCGAGCCACAGUUUUUCCGUGAGGAGCCGUUUGACAGUUUCGAUCUUUGUGGUGUACCGCCUUGUAGGUUUGACACCUCUUGGCCGUACUCUGGUUUCCAGUCAACUAUGGCCUGGUGA